CCAAUUCCAAUUCCAAUUCCAAUUCCCAUUCCAUGCAUCGUAUCCCAAACUAACUUAACUUACUCAAUCAUCAUUUCUUUUUCUUUUUCUUAAAAAAGUCAAAUCCUAACUGUAACUAUCCUUCCUUCCUCUUACAAUAUCCCCACAAAACAAACAAAUUACUCCUCAUACUUUCUCUUCCUCCGCUCUCGCCAUGUGAUGCAUUUCUCGAUCCCUGAGCUUCCCACCCCCCCCGCCCCAGAUUCCACUCUCUUUAUUUUUAUACUACUACUACACCCCUGUACUGUGUACUGUUAUAUCAUCUGCCACCAUCCAAGAAACUUCACUGCCCUCCUCCUCCUGGAUCCUGUCAGAAAUCAGAUGUUAUAUUUUGAAACCAGUCCCCUUCAAGAACAAUGGGGUGCACAGCUUCAGUCUAUGCAAUUGGUAAAAAGAAGAAGAAGAUUAUCCCCCAAGUCUCCGUAUUUUUCCCCUCUUUGCGCAUUCCCGUCCAUUCCGAUAUCCACACAACACUCCGAGGCUUAAUCCCUAAGGAUCUUGCUCAUAGAAUUUCUUCCCUCAGAAAUCAGAUUGUCUUAGUUGCUGAGGACACUGGCGGGUCAGCCAUCGCUGAACUAACAAGAGCACUGGAGGAAUACUUGUCCCUUCUGCUGGGCCUUACAAAGAAAGAUUACGGGCUUCAAGAAUUGGUGGAGUUCAGAUGGAGAGAGUUAGAAGAUGCAAGGCAGGAAAUCUGUGUGGCAAACUCCUGGUUUGAACUAUUCUCUGUUCUACAUAUGAUGGCUAUGCUCACGCUGAUGGAGGCAAAUCUGAAGCUAAUUCCCCAAGACAGUAGCCUGUCUGAGAGGCUUGUAUCUGCAGAUUGUAUGAGGGAUGCUGUUGAUUUAUUGCUGAAAGCAGCAGGAUAUUUGAAUUUCUGCAUUGGCAAUGUUCUUCCCAGGCUACCACCUGACAUAAAGAGCAAGCUGCCUUUGGAUAUGCACGAGAGCAUCCUAGAGGCAAUUUCUUAUCAAGCCCUAGCACAGGGAACAGAAAUUCAGCUUGGGCUGGCUGUCCAAAGCCACAAUGCAACUUUAUCUGUGAAGAGGAGACUAGCUUGUGAACAACUGAGUUUCUUUGCGCAGGCCCACUGCUGCUUGUCUGAAGUUAAUGCCAAUGGUGCAGCUCUAAAGAAGCAAUUGUUGUUCCUCAAGUGGAAGUUUCUAGAAGCAAAGGCGGCAGCCUACUACUAUCAUGGUCUAAUCCUUGAUAAAGGCACCGAGCCAUCCUCCCAUGUGAGUGCAGUUUGCUGUUUCCUUGCUGCGGAAGAGUUGAUAGCUGAGAGCAAGAAGGCCUGCUUAACCUUCUGCCUUGCAGAUCCAAUUACAAGGGCUCCUCCGCCCUGGGGUGCCAUGAAGCAUUUACACAAGAAAAUUCCAGAAACCGCAUCCAAGAAAUCUCAGAUGUAUGGCUACCUUUUGGAGCAAGAGAAGGAUCUGCAAAAUUUGCCUGAUCUUCCAGAAUUUCAGUUGUCGCUGAAACCAGAUGAGUAUGAGUUACCUGAAGUGGAUCCAGCAUGGGAUUGUGGGAAGUGGGAAAUUACUGAACAAACAUUAAAGGAACACCUGAAUGAUGAACCAGAAACUUGACUUGUACAAGGAAUGAGGUGCGUGUUUCUGGUGAUGGUGAUUGAUGGAUGUAGUAGUAAGGGUGAGAAAUAAUUGAUAUUUAAACUUGUUUAUUGAAUUUGGAUCAUUUCUCACUCUCCUCUUAUUUUAAUAUUUAUAUCUACUUUUGUAACGUAGUACCAAAUUGAUGUGCAACUUGGGUAUGAUUAUGUGGAACAUUUUGAAGGAACGCCCGCCACCUUCUUCCUUUCA